CUCAAAGGAUCUGUUGCUCUCUCUUUCUACACAAGCUAUUGCCAGUCAGCUGUAGUUCUUACAUUGAUCCCAUUGCUAUACUCAAACUACCCUGCUUGCAUCAUGGAAGCCAUCAAAGACAGCGUCAACAAAGCUCUCGAGCAGCUGCACAUCACCAGCCCUGCUAGCCAAGGUAUUCCAGCGAAGGAGCCAACGGAGGAGCAGCUCAACGAGCUCAAGUCAAAGUACGAGAAAGCAGGCCAAGCGCAGGUUUUCGCGUUCUACGACUCGCUCUCCACUGCUGAGAAGGCAGGCCUGUACGAGCAGCUCUCCAACUUCAACCCCGACUACAUCAACGAGAUCACCGAGAAAGCUCUGCACCCCGCACACACCGAAGAUGCCUCCGAAGCGAAGCUCGAGCCUCUCCCCGUCGAAGCCACAUCAUCCGUCACGGACUCGAAACAAGAGGAUUUGGACAAAUGGUACGACAGCGGUCUCGAGCUGGUUGCCGAGAACAAGGUUGCGGUGGUGUUGAUGGCUGGUGGCCAGGGUACACGAUUGGGCAGCUCGGCACCGAAGGGCUGCUAUGACAUUGGGCUUCCGAGCAAGAAGUCGCUGUUCCAGCUCCAAGGCGAGAGGAUCAAGAAGGUCGAGCUUUUGGCUCAGAAGAAGUAUGCAAAGGAGAACGUCACAGUGCCAUGGUACGUCAUGACCAGUGGACCUACGCGCGGACCUACAGAGAAGUUUUUCGAGGAGAACAAAUACUUUGGGCUCAAGAAGGAGAAUGUGGUCGUCUUCGAGCAAGGUGUUUUACCUUGUAUCUCGAAUGAGGGCAAGAUCUUGCUGGAGAGCAAGUCAAAGGUUGCUGUUGCCCCCGACGGCAACGGUGGCAUCUACCAGGCUCUCAUCAACUCUGGCAUUGUUCAGGAUAUGGGGAAGCGCGGUAUUCAGCACAUCCACGCAUACUGUGUCGAUAACUGCCUGGUAAAGGUAGCUGACCCCGCCUUCAUUGGCUUCUCCGCUUCAAAGAGUGUCGAUAUCGCGACAAAGGUCGUCCGAAAGCGAAACGCCAAGGAGUCUGUCGGUCUCAUCCUGCAGAAGAACGGCAAGCCAGACGUGGUCGAGUACUCAGAGAUCAAGGAAGAGGAUGCUGAAGCCAAGGACUCGAAGAACGCAGAUCUGCUUAAGUUCCGUGCGGCAAACAUUGUCAACCACUACUACUCAUACGGCUUCCUGGAGAGCAUUCCUUCUUGGGUGAAGGAUCUGCCUCACCACGUUGCUCGCAAGAAGAUCCCUUUCGUCGACACCGAGUCCGGCAACACCGUCAAGCCAGAGAAGCCAAAUGGCAUUAAGCUUGAGCAGUUUGUCUUCGACUGCUUUCCCCUUCUGACGCUCGACAAGUUCGCUUGCAUGGAGGUUAAGCGGGAGGAUGAGUUUUCACCGCUCAAGAACGCGCCAGGCACCGGCGAGGACGACCCUGAGACCAGCAAGCAGGAUAUCAUGGCGCAGGGUAAGAAGUGGGCGCAAGCUGCGGGCGCCACUGUUGUCAGCGAGGACCCGAAGGCGGGCAUUGAAAUUUCGCCUUUGAUCUCAUACGGCGGAGAAGGCCUCGACUUUGUGAACACGCGCACGAUCAAGGCUCCAGCGGUCAUUGAGUCGGAGGAGUAGAGCGCUCUGAGAGCUCGCAUCGGCAUUGCAUAGCAUAAUUAUCGCCCUAUGGUCUUGGAGCAGCCACGGUUCAAUCGUGUUAUUGUAUUGAUCCCUCUGGCCAGGGCAAAGAUCUUACGCUGUCCAUUCGUAACUUCAUAUCAUUGUUGAAUCAAUGGAACAUACCAAAUGACUCCAAUGAAGCCUAAGUCUACUAUUAUUUCCUUUGGAGUACACACCAUGUGCACUUCAAGCAUUUCGAACUCCCAAAAGGAAUUACUGUUUGCCAUCGGUUUGGUGAAACCUCCUGCAAACCUCUUAAUGUGACGAUGAUUUAUGUCAUCAUGCAGGAACACAGCACGUGGUCCAACGCGCCGAGCUUCGAAUAUGGG